AGUCGCGUCCCAAAUGUUGGGAUGCGUGGUGAGGCGUAUCAACGACACGAGCCUUAACGGAACGCUGCCAGCUUUUCUUGGGAGAUUCGCAUCCCUUAAUUCACUCAACAUCAGCAGCACAAACCUCACGUGUCCACCUGACUACACCGCCUGUGCUUCAACACAGUCGCCUAAGACAGCCUUCUGCCGGACGUGCCCUUCCUUCUGCAACACCUGCGGCAAGCCACCACCAGACCCAAUCACAACCAGCAGCACCAGCACCAGUGAGUCCUCUUCAGCAGCAUCUGGAGGUGGAGGUGUAUCAAUGGGAGUCAUCAUUGGCAUCGCUGUUGCUGCUGUGGUCGUUCUGCUGCUUCUGGUUGCCGCACUGCUCUACUUCAGGCACAAGAAGCCAAAGGCAGGCCUGGCUGGCAGCCUAGCAGCCUCCCACUGCACCGAGUUCUCACUGCCUGAGAUCCUUGAGGCCACCAACAAUUGGUCGGAGGACAACCAGCUUGGGUCGGGUGCCUUUGGUGAUGUCUACAAGGGUGUGUCUCCCCGCGAUGGCACCACAGUGUGGGCUGUGAAGCGAGCCAAGCUGAUCGACGUGGACUUCCAGAGGGAGAUCGAGCAGAUGGCCGACAAGAACCACCCGAACAUUGUGCGGCUGCUAGGGUUUGCUGUUGGAGGGGAUGUAAGGUCACGGAUAGAGCAAGUCUUGAUCUACGAGUUUGUCCCCAAUGGUGACCUCCAGAGGUGGAUCGAUCCAAAGACAUCCUCUCCUUUAAGCCUGAAGCAGCGGCUGGACAUUCUCAUUGGCAUUGCACAUGGCUUUAAGUACCUCCACAGUUUUGGCAUUGUGCAUCGCGACAUCAAACCCGCCAACAUCCUCAUCACCACUGACAUGAAGGCCAAGAUUGCUGAUUUUGGGCUCCUGAGGGCGGGGGAGGGCACCACAGUGGGCACUACUCGAAUCAUGGGAACACCGGGCUAUGUGGAUCCAGUUUACUCCAGGACGUCCAAGGCAAUUCCUGCCAGCGAUGUAUACAGCUUUGGCGUGCUCAUCCUAGUGGUGCUCACUGGACGCCCUCCACUCUCCGAGUCUGCUGGAGAAAGCAGGGAGAUCAUGGUGUGGGCAUCUGGGUGGAUGCUGCAGGAGAUGAAGGAUGAAGGAUGCUUUCACAGGUGUGCGCUGAACUUGAGAUGAUUGGGAAAAGUUUUGCCCCCGAAAACCCAGUCCAGUGGCGUAUUUCAGGCCACCAUUCAGAUUCGCUUUCAUUCAGACACGCAUGCUACAGGAGUAAUGGCACUUGUUAGUUGCAAGCUUUAGUCUGGUUCAGCUCUGUCUCGGUUGAUGUUGUUCGCCAACAAAAAUGCUGUCCGUAAAGGGAGUACCGUAAUCAGGCCUCCAAAUUGAUUUUGGGGGUGUCUGAUGUUGGGCUGACAAUAGCCCUAUGAUCUUUUCAGAAUGCUAAGUCCUUGUAAUAGAGUGCUUGAUAGCAC